AUGCUCAACUGCAUCGACAACUCUGGCGCCGCCAUUGUUGAAUGCGCCAUGGUCAUCGGCCAGAAGAGACACGCCUCGAUCGGCGACCGGAUCGUGGUGGUCGUGCAGAAGCAAAGAGAUGCGGGAGCUGCCGGCAUGGCCGCCGCCUCGGGUGCCAAGGUCAAGCGUGGUGAUAUCAGACAUGCCGUCGUCGUGCGGACGAAGCAAAAGGUCACCCGGAGAGACGGAAGCUGCAUCAAGUUCGACGACAACGCCUGCGUUUUGAUCAACAAGUCUGGCGACCCUAUCGGAUCCCGUAUCAACGGCGUCGUGGGCAUGGAGUUGCGCAAGAAGAAGUGGAGCAGAAUCCUCAGCAUGGCCCCCUCGCAGGCAUAA